AUGGUCGACUUCUUGGCCGAGGCACUCAAGCAUGUUGAUCCGCUUGACGAGAACUUCUUUUGCACGGAGUUCGCGGACCUUGUCUCGAGCCCUGGCGAUACAACUGCCAGCUCGAUUGCGGAAGUCUUGGCCGCGGUGCCAACUAGUUUACCGAUUUUGAUGCAUACACUAGCCGCUGAAGGCCUGAGUGACAGUGUUGCGCAGAUGGUUAAAGAGCUUAACCUUGACGAACGAGUUUUGGUCGCUUAUUUACCACUCCACAGACUCGUGGAUACCGGGGUGAUUUCGGCAGCAACCAAUAAAUUGUGGAUUCGAAACCGUCAGGAAUCCGUGUAUAAUCGUAUUGUAGCCAAUCUGGCCCAGGAAAACCCCAUGGCUAUCACUCAGCUGCUCUACACAUUUUUGGAGUUUCAGAAUAGCGGGUCUGAUGUUGACGAAACAGCUAAAACCGUGCUGGAAAUUAUAUCCCAGGGCAAAAUUGAUAUCACACGUGCUGCUGGUUUACUUGUUGAGGCCAUUGGUUUGCUUGGAUCGCCCUCUGACUCGUUUCGUGAGCUGCUCGACAGAUUGAAUUGGUCUUUCCUGCUCCCGCAGGCUAUGAAGAUUUGUUUCGCAGGCGAAAACUGGAGACAUGUCAUUCCUGCUGCAGUCUUAUUUGUGAAAUGGGAUGUCCUUGACUUUUACAAUGUCUUGGGAUACUUUCAGCUCUCAAUCGCCGACAUGGAGGCAUCUUGGGCUCCUAAAGGCCCUGAAACACAAGCCGGAUCGUUUAUUUUGGCUUGUUUAGAGGCUGGUAUGCACGAAAAAGCCAUGGAUGUACUUUUAAGAUACCCGUUUUUGGCGCAGGCCCAAUCUUCAAUUGCGCUUUUUAUUGCCAAAAACCUGUACCAAGCAUUAUGCCCGUUGAUUGAGGGCAGCCCAGAAGAAACCUUCAUCCCUUUAGCUUCUUCCGUGGAUGAUUUUGUGUCUUAUGAACAUUACUUUGCACUUGUUGGCCCUCUUGUUGGGCUAUAUCCGGAACUGCUGGUUCUGUUAUCAAAGCUUUCUGAAUCAUUUCCUCAAGAUAAUUGGGAAGAGUUUUGGGCUCGUAUUGUGGGGAAAAUUAUGCUUCCUUCGCUAUCCUUGGUCGAGGACUUUCCGCAAGCUGCAGACGUCGUGUGGUCGGUUUUGGAAAAGCUGCCUUUCCGCUCACGGUAUAACCUUUACACUGAGUGGAAAGAGGAUGCAACAAAACAACCUACCUUGCGGCAUGCAUACCAAAAUGCCACCCGCGAAGCCAAGGCAGCUUUAAAGCGGCUUUCCAAGACCAACGCUGAUACCAUCAUGCCUCGCCUUGCUCGUGUCGCUCACAACAACCCACUGGCCGCUUUCGAAGCUAUAUUGGUCCAACUUGAAAGCUACGACUUUCUUCGUCAUCUUGUAGCUCAACAUGCGGACGAGUUCAACCGUUUAGAUUGGGAUGUCUUACCUUUGCUGAUCCUUGACCGGCUGUCUAUGAAGCGUGAAUCUCGACACGCCGACGGUAUGCAAGACCGCCAGUGGGUUCAAUCGCUUGCCGAACUCACAGCCCAGUUGGCCUCCAAGUUCUCAGAGUUUGAUUGUCGGCCGAUGCUGCAGUACGUCAUUUGUCGCCUGCAUGCUGGUGAGACUGAUCUACAGCUAGUUAUUUUGCGUCAAUUGCUAGCUCGAAUUGGUGGUCGUCCUGUCAUUAAAAAUGCUAGUCGUGAUCAGUUGGAGGCUUUGGCUGGUCCAGAGCCCCUGCGUCGUCAAGUGCUCUCUCAGCUUGGAAAAGAAUCCGCUACGCCGCCCGCUCCGCAGCGACUUCUCGACGCUAUUGAGAGCUUAAGCUUGACUGAUAAACUUUUAUAUGGUCUUUUGGCGGCUGUGGAGUCCGAGGGAAAUCCUGGUAUUGAUGCUACCCCCAUUGUCAAGGUUAUAAGCUAUGGCAUAGAUGAGAUUGCCCAGAGCAUUGAUCAGUACAUUGGUCUACUCUCGCUGCUCGAGACCAAUUUCCUACCACCAUUGGACCAACUGUCUGAGAAAGUUCCACUGCCUUUGGCUUUUGCGGUCUUGCGUAAGAGCCUCAAUAAGCAGGUUUAUCUUAGUGGCUCGGCGACUGAUGCCGCCAUUGAGCCCGCCCUUGAAGAGUAUCAGUAUUUGUCUGGAUCAAUUCCGCCAAGAUUUUUCUUUUCAUUCUGGGUUAUGGGAUCCUACGAGGUCUUUUACUCCAAGUCUGUUUAUGACAUCUACGAAGCAAUGCUUGUUGAAACCCCUAACCGCGCCGUCAACGCUCAAUUCGAUGACGGCUUAACGGGGUUGUCUGCUUUGAAACAAGCUGAACUCAAGCACAAGCUCCACUAUAACCGUUGGGCAGUCUCACUAAAAAAGCAAGCGCACCUCUGGUUCGAAACCACCCCACUCUCCCCUGAUGAUAUGUUGGACAGAUGCUUCCUUCCGAGAAUGCAACUAUCACCAUUGGAUGCGUGGUACUGUGCUCAAUUCUUUUUACGUGUUUUCAAGCUGUGCCCUAAUAAUUGGCCUGCCCGCGAAAGCUUGGAUGCAUUUUUCUCUGAACGAGCCUUCCAAGUACUUGGGCUCGCUACGGCAUAUCAGUCAGAUUGUAUAUCGGUAUUCUAUCGCGAGCUUUUGAGGAAUUUGGUACAAUGGGCACGCAGCGAGAAUAAUUUCAUUGAUGCCAUGGUUGUCGAUGUUGAAGACGACAUGCAAGAUACUCAGUACAAUGGAUCAUUAACGGGAUCGGGCAUUGUUUCAAUUGACGAAAUGAUGACGCUGGAGGAGUUCCGCGAUAUACUGGUUGGCUGGCAAAAUAAACUUGUUGUGAUGGCUAUUGCUUUGUUACGAGCGGAUGAGCCAGUCAGUCAGCGUAACGCUAUUACUUUGUGUUUCAACAUUAUUGACUUUUGUCCUAUGGUAAAGCCACAUGGGAAGGCCUUGUUGAGCGAAAUGGAUAGGCUAUUCAAUGAGAGCAGAUCAGAGGAAAUUCGUUUAGCUGCUCGCUCUUUGAUGGGGCUGCUGUAUAAACGCCGUGACACUUGGGGGAAUGUGGUGGAUGACUGGUUUGCUGUCUUGCCUGCAGAGACGCCCGAGCCUGCAUCGACGGUUAUUUCACUGGAAUCACGGGUGGAAACUCCGGUAGAACCCCUGGCAGAAACUCCUGCUGAAACUCCGGCAGAUUCGCCUCGCCAGCCCCCAGACCUUCCUGCCAUACCUAGCGUAACCCCACCGGCAGUUUCCAAGACGGAGCGGCCGUCACGUCGCGCAGGACGUAAUCGUGGAGGCAGAAAAGAAGACGACAAGAGCCGACGGCGGGAUGGGCGAGAUCUGCGGGAGCCAGAUCGAGGUGGAGACCGCAGUGACCGCGACCGUGAUGAUCGUGGCCGAAGCGACCGUGACCGUGACCGUGACCGUGAUCGUGACCGCGACCGCGACCGUGAUCGUGACCGUGAUCGUGACCGUGCUCGUGACCGUGACCGUGAUCGUGAUCGUGGCGACCGUGAUCGCAGCGACCGUGACCGUGACCGUGACCGCGGCGGAAACCGAAGAAACUGGAGACAACGAGAGCGCAAACGAGAACACCCCGAAGGAGACCGCAGCGAAAACGAGUCCAAACGGCGCCGCCGUAACGACGAACGUCGCAAUUACCGUCACUAG